AUGGAUGGAGGACCGGGCGCAGCGGGGGGCGGCGGGCGCCAGGCGCCGGGAGCGCGUCCCCCGGGAGGAGGGCAGGGCGCCUGGGCCCCUCCCACUCGGCCCUUAGUGGCGAGUCCCGCCCCCGGGCCCGGCAGUGGCGCCGGGGCCCCGGCGAGUGUGCGCCGGAACUUCGACCACCGACGGCCGUGCGCGGGGACCGCGGCUGACCCGCCGGCGCCAUGCGCGCCCUGCCCUGCCUGCUGGGACCCCGGGGGCCGCUGCCGCUGGCCCUCCUGUGUCUCCUCGUCGCGGCGCGCGGGAGCUUGGCGGACGGCCAGCCCUCAGCUUCACCUUUUACAAGUCUACCCACCCAUGGAGAAAUGAUGACAAAGUAUUCUAACCUUUCCUUGGAGACUCCUGACAUAUCACUGACCGCUUCACCUUUUACAAGUCUACCCAUCAGAGAAGAAAUGAUGACAAAGUAUUCUAACCUUUCCUUGGAAAGUCAUAACAUAUCACUGACUGAACAUUCCCGUGUACCGGUGGAAAAAAAUAUCACUUUAGAAAGACCUUCUAAUAUACAACUCACAUGUCAAUUCACAACACAUAAGGAUGUGAAUUCAGUAAAUGUGACUUGGAAAAAAGGUGAUGAACUACUUCAGAAUUAUCUCCUCAAUGCAACAGGAAACAUCCUGUAUGCCCAGUACAUGUUUACCAUCAUUAAUAGUGAACAAAUGGGAAGCUAUUCUUGUCUCUUUGGAGAGGAAAAGGAACAAAGGGGUACAUUUCAUUUCAAAGUCCCUGAGAUUCAUGGAAAAAACAAACCAUUGGUUACUUAUGUGAGGGAUACAACUGUCUUGAUAUGUAAAUGUCAGCAUUGUUCUCCUUUAAAUUGGACCUGGUACAGCAGUAACGGGAGUAUACAGGUCCCUAUUGAUGUUCAAAUGAGCGAUAAGUAUGUGAUUGAUGGAACAAGUGCUACUGAAACGAGGCUGAAGAUAACGCAGCUUUCAGAGGGCGAUCAGGGGUCUUACUGGUGCCGCGCGGCGCUCCGGUUAGGCGAGAGGGAAGAGCGCGUGGAACUUGUGGUGCUGAGUUACUUGGUGCCCCUCAAACCGUUUCUUGGAAUAGUUGCCGAGGUUGUUAUUUUAGUGGCCAUCAUUCUGUUUUAUGAAACGUACACCCAGAAGAAAAAGAAACACAUAGAUGAUGGGAAAGAAUUUGAACAAGUUGAACAACUGAAAUCAGAUGAUAGCAAUGGUGUAGAAAAUAACGCCCCCAGGCACAGAAAAAAUGAAUCUGUGAGCCAAUGAACGCGAAACAUCACGUCGAGAGUCACAGGAAGAUGUACCAUUUGUAUUUCAGCUUUAUUUGUGCUUCCUGUUAAGAACAUCUGAGUUUUUGUUUUUAAAAGGAUGAAAAAUGUAUGCAACAUAUUGCUUAACAGUAGCUUUGUAAUAAUAUAUGCUCUCUGGGAUCUAAAGAUACAUUUUCAUUCUGUAAUUGUUUUUACAUUAAAGGAAGGUAAAUUAUG